AUACUAUAGAGCUUUCUGAUUAUGAAACUCUCCAAAUAGAACAACUGCAAUCAUUAAAAAAGCAAACCUCUCUAGAUAGUUUUAUAUUAUAUAAGAAUAUUACUAAAAGCAGAGAUUCUAAUUCAGAGGAAUUCAAUGAUGAUAUAGUUCCUGAACAAUAUGAAAUUUUA